AAAAUAUGGAUUACUAGCUGAGCGGUCACAAGAGUCAGUGGACCAUCAAAAUUUUAAAUGACGUAAUUUCUUUUUCAACUUUAACCUUAAACGAAUACAUCCCUCACUCAAUUUAGAUCCUGAUUGAAAACCUAUUUGUCCGAGUUUCAUUAAUUUGUCACAGAUUGUAACAGGAGGAAUUAUGCAAAGAUUUGCGAAGCCAUGGGGGGGUUGUUGUUUCCAGAAUGCCCACCUAGAGAUUUUGGAUUCCAGCGGAAGGGUAUAAAAGCAAAACUGGCCUUUGAAUAUUUCCAGUAUCACAUCCAGACUCUGAAAAUGGACAGGUUUCAUUUAAAAUGUAUUUGUGUAGUUUUCAUUGUGCUGGCUGUAUUAUUUCAAAAGGUGUCAACUAACAGUGUCGAUAAUCCCAUGGAUAACAAUCCAAAUCAAAACCAAGAAAAAUAUUUACCUUUGAUCUUUCGUACAAAAAUUAAAGGCAGGAGGAUCUCGGAAAAACUAGCUGAUAGAAACAAAUUAUCGGAAUAUUUAUUAGAGGCUUUAGAUGAAUAUCCAUGGAGAGUAAUUGCUGUUAAUAAUAAUGCAGGUUUAGAAAAAAGAGGCAACACACACAACUUUACUCCAAGGCUAGGUCGUACUUUAGAUGAAAGUUCUACUGAUGAUCUUUCAGACAUAACCGAAAGAAAUACCGCAUUUUCUCCAAGGCUUGGAAGAGCUCAACGUUAUAAUUUUUUUCCGACACGGUUGGGAAAAGAUGAAUCCACAAAUUACCACUAAAAUUUAAAUUUUUUGAAGAACUAAGUAUCAUUGUUUAUGUUUAGUAGGUAUACUUACAGUUCAUGACUGUUAGAAUAAAAGUGUUUGGCAUCAA